GCUCGUGCUCCCGCGCCCCCGCUUGGCGGGCCGGCUGGGGGACACCCCGGUUGGCGGGGAGGAUGCGGCGGCUUCCCGGCGGAGGCCGGUUCCCGCUCCGGUUCCCGCUCCGGUUCCCGCUCCGGCCGCCGGCGCUGCUGUUGGUGCUGGUCCCGGCGCUGCUGGUCCCGGCCGCCGCCAGGGCGCUCCCCGGGCCCGGACCCGGACCCGGACCCGGACCCGGACCGCAGCCUCACCAUCCCCGACACCAGCUCUCCCUGUCUCCCAUGCCCGGCCCUGCCCAGGAGGAGGCCGUGCCCACGUCCGCCCCGGGAGGGGACCGGUCCGGGCCCCGCCGACCCAGGCACCGAAGCACCUCGGCCCCGCCGGUCCCCAGGGAGGACGGCGGGCCCGGUGGCCCCGAGGCGGGGGCCCCCUUCCUACUGGGGCUGCAGAGCCUCCCGGGCCUGGCAGACGUCGACCUCAGUGCCCAGAACCCCAACAUCCAGGUGACCAUCGAGGUGGUGGACGACCCCCAGGCCGAGAUGGAGAUGGACUUGCUGGCAGAGCCGAGCAACCCCUGGUCUCGCGGCGCCCCCGACUGGCUGCCCCACAAAGAACUCUUCUGGCCCCUUUUCUGGGGGUACACAGAAGGAGGGGAGGGUGAAGGGGGGGAGCCCCUGGAGAAGCCCCCCAAGGAGGAAGAAGAGGAAGACUACCCUGGCGAAUACGAGGAGGAGGAAGAGGAAGAGGAGGAAGCGGAGGAGGAGAAGGAGGAGGAAGACGAAGAGGAGUCUGUAUUGAGUGGAGUAGGAGGCAACUGGGAGCAGAGAUGGCCAUCGCCCAAGAACUGGGUCUUGAAGGAAAAAUAUAACUACGACUACGAGGCAGAAGAAGAAUGGAGCCCUUGGUCCCCCUGCAGCGGCACGUGCAGCAGCGGCACCCAAAGGAGAGCCCGCUCCUGUGGCUACGCCUGCACCGCCACCGAGUCACGCGUGUGCGACCUGCCCCGCUGCCCCGGGACGGAAGGCGAGAUGGGCUUCGCAGGCGAGGAGGUGCUGCCCCCUGAGGCCCACAACGCCACCAGGAUGCUCAGCUCAGACGCGGACAGCUGCGACAAAUGGCUCAACUGCAAGAGCGACUUCCUGGCCAAGUACCUGAGCAAGGUGCUUGCGGACCUGCCCAGCUGCCCCUGCGCCUACCCGCCGGAGGCCGGGUACAGCGCCGUCAGCCUGCCGGACGAGCGGCGCGGCCGCAGCUUCCGCUGGAGGGACGCCAGCGGGCCCAAGGAGCGUCUGGACGUGUACCAGCCCACGGCCCGCUUCUGCCUGCGCUCCCUGCUCUCGCUGGACAGCAGCACCCUGGCCUCCCAGCACUGCUGCUACGACGAGGGCACGCGCCUCCUGACCCGCGGCAAGGGCGCCGGCGCCCCGGACCUGGUCAGCACCGACUUCUCCCCCGAGCUGCACUUCAAGGUGGACACGUUGCCCUGGAUCCUCUGCAAGGGCGACUGGAGCCGCUACCACGCCACGCGGCCCCCCAACAACGGCCGCGCCUGUGCCGACAACCCCCCAGAGGACGAGUACCGGGCGCAGCUGCGGGAGGCCAAGGAAUACUAGCCUGCGGGGAGGGAAGGGUGGAGGGUGGGGCGGGGUGGGGCUCGGCUCUCUUCGUCCCAGGUCCCGGGGUGGCCCCUGACCCUCCCCCCUGGUGUGACCCCCAGCCCCGGGUGGUGUGGGGCCCGGGGUGAGCCCUCCUGGGGGCUCCAACCCUAGGUGUUCCCCAGACUCCCCGGAGAUGACUUUCUGGGCCAUUUUGCAGGCCACCCUGCCGGCUGGGCUCCCAGACCGACGGGAGCCGGGCGCCUCCUCCUGUCAGUCUGUCCGUCCAUCGCCUUGCUCGGCUGGGAGAGGAAGAGCAGAGCCCCAGGGGUGCGGUGGGUCGGCCUGGGGUGGAGGGAGGGGCUCCUGAAGCCCCCGGAAGGCCAGGAGGAGCCACAACAGCCGCCCUAGCCUCUCCGGUGCCGCCGCAGGGCUGUCCGAGACCUGGGGGAGGCCAGGCGGAGUGAGGGGACCCAGCCUGGCCAGAAGCUGGAGCCUUUUUUGGGGUUUUCUCAGGUCCAGUCUCGGUAUCGGUAGGACUCUGGCUAGGUGGAUGGGGGAAUGGGACUGUCGGGUUCUGACUCUGGCAGGCGAGACCACCCCGGGAUCCUGUCUCCGUCGAGUCACGGGAGGAUGGCUUCCCCUCUCCGUCCUCGGUUGCUGGCUGAGGUGUUCUGCACGCCAGGUGGCACACCCCCCGCUCCGGCCCCUGAGGGUGGCUCCCGCCAGGGCUCGGGCGCGGCGUCUCCCCGGCCCCUCCCUUACCCUUUCUGGCCAAGCAGCUCGGACCUAGGCCGGGCCUGGCCCAGAGCCAGGGCACCGACUGACCCGGAGCCGGGGUGGCUGCAGCAGGGGUGGCAGCCAGAGAGGGAGGGGUGGGGCCGAUGCCCCCAAGCCCACCCGGGGGGGGGGGGGGCAGAGCCGUUACGCCAGCAUCCGCUACGAGGAGUAGGGGUGAGCUGGGCCAGAGGAAGGGAGAGGAAGCGGCAAAGCAGCCUCACCUGCCGUGGGGAGGGAGCAGAACCAGGAGGUGCCCUCCCCACCCCAUCCUUCCCAGGUCCCGUUUUGGAGGCCGGGGAAGAUCCAGGCAGGGGGCUGGGUAGGAGGGAGCCGGGGCAGCGCUGGGUGGAUUCUGUGCCCUUCCCCGCUUCCGGGCUGGGCGUUUCCCCACCGCCCAGCCUGUCUUGAAUCCCAGGUGCCACGGCGGGCAGUGGGGUGGAGGCUGGGGUAGGGAAAAGGGGUCGGUUUGACUCUCCUAAAGCCGGGGGCCUCCUUCGGGCUCCUCUGCAAUAAAGCACUUUAUUUGAAAUGGC